AUGUCCCAGGAAAAGCCCCCAGGAGUUGAACUAUUGUGCAAUCUGGCCAGCAUCGUACGAUCCGUCGCAAGUAACCUACAGCAUAAUCGCCUCGAUAGGAAAGACUUUCAAAAGCUUUUACGGCAUUACUCUUCUCAGGCCGAAUCAGACUCUGCACUUAUUUUUAUUUCAAGGCAAAAUGCUCAAUGCGUUCAUCAUGGCCUGCUCCUAGCCCACACUCACAUUGAGCUGGUAUCCUGGCUGGAGAAGAACAACUACAACCUUGUAUCAACAUCAGUGAAGUGGUAUAGCUGGAAGAAGCUUAUCCGGAAAUACCGAUUACCGCUUCUGGCAAUCUCAUCGCAAACGAGCCAGCUCCGCGAGAUGCUGCGCAAUGUCCGGGAGAAAGCCGAUAUUUUAUACUCGGAACUUCAGCGUAACAAUAUUGCGGUCCCAUCUACAUCGAUCGAAUAUCGAAAAGUCCUCCUCAAACCUUUGCCACAUGGACCUCCCCCAGAAGCCGUCGAAAAUCUUCUUCGUCGGGGCUCCAUCAUUCAACAACAACUACGCCAGCCGUUGGAUCAGUGA